UCCUCUCUUAGCAUCCUCUCCUCUCACAUCGCUCUCCGGCUCCACUUGCGCUCGCAGCCUCCCGCCUGUUCGCUCGCCGCUCUCCUCUCUCCUCCUCUUAUUGCACUCUCACUCAUACAUCCAGACACAUGCAUGCAUGCAUACACUCUGCCUUCUCUAUGUGUCUCCCCUUCUCUCUCCUUCUUUCACUACUCGGUCCCGUGCAGACUUGAGGAGCCCCGGAGAGGAGAUGAUGAUGAUGGUGAUGCUGCUGCUGCUGGUGGCGGAGCUCUUUUGGUGAUUUUUCUUUUUCCCCUUUAAAAAAAAAAAGAGCAGAAAACUAGACUCAGAGCAAUGUUGAUGCAACAGCACCUCUUCCCUCUGCACUGUGUUGAUCUGUCUGCCUCCUGCCUAGCAUCAGCCCGUUUUGGGGGGAUUUAAGCGACAGGGAGAGUGCUGCGCCGGCUGUGCGCUCUGCGGUUCUGGUGCGCUGGAUCUCCUCCUCUUCAUCACACACUGAAGGAUGUUCAGUUCUUUACACGAUCUGGAAUAUUACUACUACUACUGUCAACACUCCUCCUGCUGCCGCUGCUGCUGCCUACUUCUCUGCCCCGGCCAGAUCGCAGUCUGAGGCGCCCCGGACCCCUAAAGGGAAGAAGAAGCAUGUCAGAGGCACCUGUGCUGCACAUGGAAAUGAGCCGUCUGCUGCUGGUUCUGCUGGACCUCUAAGCCAGACUUGAGAUUAUCCCAGAAUCGCAGAAGAAAUUGGGAGUUCUCCUUUUCUGACGAGCUGAAAAAAAAAUCCUGUAUCACUGUAUUCUGAAGAGCACCAGCUGCUUCACCAGCUCUAUGGUUUUCUGACUUGCCCAAGACUGCGAUUUUGGCAUCUGACUCAGAGUGGGUUUGUACAACGUUUGGGCAAGGAGGUGGAGAGUUGUCAGCAGCGGUGGCGGGUCGGAGAAACUCUGUUUGUUCCUCUUUACCAGGCAGGAAGGAAGGUGAUUAAAGAAAUCCCGCGGACCCUGUCAGAACCUCCGAAUCAGCACACUCAUACACUGAGAUGACCCAGGAACAGUGCACUCAUAGGAACAAUGUCCAGAGUUCAGAGAAACCCCAAGUUUACAAAGUGGGAAUAUACGGCUGGAGGAAACGCUGCCUUUACUUCUUCGUCCUGCUGCUGAUGAUCCUGAUCCUGGUCAACUUGGCUCUAACUAUCUGGAUCCUAAAGGUCAUGAACUUCACCAUAGACGGCAUGGGCAACCUCAGAAUAACAGAGAAGGGCCUGAAACUGGAGGGGGACUCUGAGUUCCUCCAACCCCUCUAUGCCAAAGAAAUCCAGUCCAAACCAGGCCGCCCGCUGUUCCUGCAGUCGUCCAGAAACGUGUCGGUCAAUAUCGUCAACAGCAACAACCAGCUGCUCACACAGCUCGUAACAGGAUCCAGUGGAUUUAAAGCACGAGGCAAGAUGUUUGAAGUCAAGUCCACCUCCGGGAAGCUGCUGUUCUCGGCCGAUGAGCAGGAGGUGGUGGUGGGCGCCGAGAGGCUCCGAGUGAUGGGGGCCGAAGGAGCCGUGUUCAGCAAAUCAGUGGAGACGCCGCAUGUCAGGGCCGAGCCGUUCAAAGAGCUGCGACUCGAGUCUCCCACUCGCUCUCUGCUGAUGGAGGCUCCAAAAGGCAUCCAGAUCCUGGCCGAGGCCGGAGACAUCCAGGCCAUCUGCAGGAACGAGCUGCGACUGGAGUCCAAAGACGGAGAGAUUUCUCUGGACGCCCGGAGGAUUCGCCUGAUGCGGCUGCCAGAGGGGAAGGCCUCCACCAGCUCCUCGUCCUCCGGGACCAGGCAGACUGUCUACGAGGUUUGCGUUUGCCCCAACGGGAGGCUUUUCUUGUCCCAGGCCGGCACCGGAUCCACCUGCCAGAUCAGCAACAACGUCUGCCUCUAGGACUGACACAAUAUAAAUAAACCCACACAGACAUCCCGAAAGACAGAUGGGCUUAAAAACAGACAGAUGUACACAUAUCGCCUGCCUCUAGGACUGAUUCACAGCAAACACGUACAGAAAUACAAAGACUGCCGGAGACGACGGACACGGAAACAAUCAUAGAUACCGCACUUCCACUGAUCUUUAGGCUCACCCGAUAUGUUCAAAAGGCCAAACUUUGAAUCGAAGCUGCUGACAGGUGCCAACAAAAUGAUUUUCUAAGUGUAGAGAAGCCUUUCAAAACUCCACUGAGUCUUUAUACGUGUAGGACGCGAUGAUAUUAGGCUUUUAAAUUGAAUUAUACACACGAAUAAAACCAGAAAUGCAUUGCAGUGCAGGAUUUAACACUUCCGUGUCAACACUGACACUGUUUAACAAAAGGUCAUGUAUCGGUGUGAUCCUAGCGGUCAUUGUGCUAUUUGUUAAUAGCGAACACUCAUUACAGAUGCACACACACUAGCUCGCAGACAUCUAUACACACAGUAUACAUAAUUUAACACUUGGUGCGCACACACACACACACACACACACACACACACACACACACACACACACACACACACACACACACAGUAUUUGCUUGUAGAAACUGAGAGGAAAAAAACCUCCAGAGAUUUACUAGAGGAGACACUGAUCUGUUCCCUUUUCUCCCUCAAGAGCAUCUCAGUACCAGAAUCACUAGGGUGAUCACCCAUGGCAACAGGCUCUCUCCUCUUCUUCUUCUUCCAUCCCCUUCAUCUUCUGUUUCUUUCCCCUGCCAUAGCCUCUUACACCUGAGAUAUUUUACUUUCUAGCUGCUCACAAGGCAUUUUAAAGCCCAAUCGGCACACUAAAGCACCGUCUUAUGGCCCUCCUGACAUGAAUCGGAUCAGGACAUAAAAUGACCAUGAGGAUUUGGACAUUUUUUAGGUAUAACACAUUGCAGACAGUGAUUUCACUCAGAAUAAUGUGCUUUACUGUGCCUAUGUGACAGUUUCUCAGUGAACUUUGAAAUUAUUUGGCUAAAGUUGACUUCAGACUCUGAUGCCACGUUCAUGUCACGUCGCGUUUAGUCAGCCCCGAUGAUUCAACUCCCAGAACCACAUGUUUAUUCAGUGGAAUUAUUUGAUUUUAAAAACAACAAAUGACCUCUCCGCCCUGGACGUGGAUGUUUUUUAAGUGAGUUUUUUCCAGAAAGUUGCACGACUUUGUGCCAAACGGUCCUUAGUUUUUUACAUGAAAUCCCGGGGUUGUUUUUUUGCCCCUGAAGUUUGUGUUUGCAUAUGUUCCAUAUUCAUCUAUUUUUCUGUCACAGUCAAUCCCUCACUUCUUGAAUCAAACUUUACAUUGGUCCUUCGUGCGAUUUGACGUGAACAUGGCAGCAGUUAUUUUUAUACAUCUGAUGUAAACUGCUGUCUUUACAUUUAGUUAUUUGAUUUCUUUUCAUGUAUUAUUUUCCAGCGUUCUGGAUAAAUUCUGUUUCCUCCCGAUAAAACAGCUCUGCCCAGCAUUCUUCCCAACAGUGAAGAAAACCAUGAAUACAAACAACAUCCUUGACGUUUUUAAAAUCACACAUGAAACAGCAGAAAUGUCCGACGUAAGCUGCUUGAACCUCGGUGGUGGUCACCCUACUUGCUUCUUGCUCUUGGACAUUUUUUAAAAAGGACAAAAUAAAAACUCUAAAAAAAACCUAAUGCGAGCCACUCUGUUGAAAGAGGGGAACUGUGCCUGUGCCUUACGUCGAUGCACUUGUGGCAAGAAGAAGCACAUCACACAGACUUUCUUUGGCAUCAGUGAGUAACAUGACCUCUGAUUUCAGUUCAGUUUCAACCAAUUCACGAAUCUUUCCUUCUGUGCGAAUGCAAAGACCUUCGGCCACAUCUGAACCGUAGCGCCUCCCAGCUGUCGGCGCCUGACUCUGCAGAGGGAUGCGUUGGUUUUGUUUUUCGAUUUAGCUUCCUGUUGCUUUGCUUUUCGUGAUCAGAUAUUCUGUGUGAAACUCUGUGUGUGGUUCUGUUUUUGCUAAAAGGGGCAAAGGUGUGAUCCUGUGGAGUUUAAUAGGCACAUGAGAGCACCGAUUUUUACUACUUAUCUCAAACCACUUGGCCACAGAACGUCUAGUUUCUCCUGUCUGAAUGUUGAUACACAAGAUCUUUUUAUUUUUGCACAUACAAGUACUCUCUUAGUCUUGCUCCAUUAUCUUAAUUAAAUAUAUUAAUACUGCAACUUCAAUGCACAGAUAUUGUAGAAAGUAGGGUAAAGAUUAGCACUUCAGCAAUUGGUUCCCGCUGAUGAUUGAACCAGCACACAAAAUAUUUAUUAACUGAUAAGGCAGAAAGAAUAUGAAGGACAUCUGUGUCAGAAAUACACUAUAGAUCAGUUGUAGUACCUGUUUGUUCCACCAGGUGGAGCCUCUUACUGUUUGAUACUGUGGAGACUCACUCAGACUACAGACGGUUACAUGUUGGCAAGCAAGGGCAUUGUGGGAGUUUAGAUAGUAAUGGACACCAUGACCAGAACUUCUGUGCCACUUAAUGACUUCCAGCCAAAGUUAUGAGUUUAAGACAACUGUGAUUGACUAUGGCUGUGAUUGUAGUUGAUCCUAGUUUGUGUACUAUUCUGGGGGUGGAGCUAGAAGUGGGCUGCCAUGAUGAAGAUCUCCGUGACAUUUAAUAAAUUCUGCAUAACUUGUGUGUUGAAGGCAACUGUGAUUAUCUACGGCCAUGUUUCUAGUUGAUCCUAGCUUGUCUUUCAGUCAUUGGUUUAGCUGGUAAUGGGCACCAUGGCAAAGACUUCUGUGCCACUUAACAACUUCCAGCCAGAGCUUAUGUACUUAGGACAGCCGUGAAUGACUAAUACUGUGUUUCUAGUUGAUCCUGGUUUGUCUUAAACCUAUUGUGGUAGUUUAGCUAGUAACGAGGCACAGUAACAAAGACUUCUGUGCUGCUUAAUGACUUCCAGCCAGAGCUUAACUGUUUAAGACAACCAUAAAUGACUCGAACUGUGUUUCUAGUUGAUCCUAGAUUGUUUUAAAACUGUUGCGGGGGUUUAACUAGCAAUGGGCACCAUGACAAAGAUUUCUGGGGACCUCCAGCCAGUACUCAUCUUGUUGAAACAAAUUAGAAUCAACUAGGAAACCAUUCCUGUAUCUCAGUGACAUACGUCACAGACCUACAUUAGCGGCUUUGUAGGAAUCUAGGUCAUAAAACACCACCAUGACAAAGUCUUCUCAGCUCACAUUUUUAGGUGAAAGUCUGUUAGGACGGUGCUCCUACAGCUCACUGGAAGAUGAAAUCAAGCUAACUGCUUUUGAUCCAAAAACCAUUAUCAAAACUUCUUUUAUCAACAAACAUGAAAAACUUCAGCUGUCUUCUGCUGUUCCAGCCUGGGGUAGCAGAGGACCAACAGGGUUUUCUAGACAGACCUCUCCCCAGCAACGUGUCUGCUUUUUUUUAGAAGUUUCAGGUCUUUUGGCUUCAUCAGACCUUUAAUGUGCAAUUUGUUGCUCCAAAUUAAGGAAUUUUAGUAUCUCGGGAUUGAGUGAUGGGAAAAUAUGGAUAUGUAUGUCUAACAGUUCAUUCAUUCUCUCCACAAUAUCUACAGUAUCUGUGCCAAAGAAAGCAGAUCAAAACAGUUUUUUGGUGUGGGAAUAUGGAAAAAAAUGAAGACACUAAAAUGUUGUUUUACUUGUUAAAACACAUCACGAAGGUAAAGAUGUGAAGAUCUUGCAGGUAAACACCCUCCAGAAACUAGACGUUGUAGUUUUUAUUUAUAUCUUCUGUGUCGCAUCCUUUUCCAGAGUCAGGUGUACCAACUUCCUGCUCUCCCCUCAGCUUCUCUGUCGCUGUAUAUUAAAGGACUAUCAUAAAUAUUUCACCAUGAAAUCGAACCUAUCUGAUGUGUUUUUUGACUACAUGUACACUAGAGAAAUACAUCUUUUUAUACGGUUGUAUAUGUAAAUACUGAACACGUAACGGCACCAGACCAGACACGCCAACGAAAGAGAAACAGUGCUCUUUUACAAAAAGGAAAACCUUUUUUUAUAAUGUACAUCAGUGUUUUUAUACUAAAAGGGCAAAAAGAAAAUAAAGUUAAAGGAUAUUCAUUGAGUUAGCAUGUACAGCACUGUAUACGAUGUUCGCCUGUGGAGAACAAGCUGGUUUUGUUUUGACGCCUUCUCGCCUCUCCUGCUGAGCUCAGAUGUUUCACACAAAACCUGCUUUUCUUUUACUUUUUUUUGUUGUUGUUUUGUUGUUGUUGUUGUUGUUGUGUCGGCCCGAGGUCUUUGCAUUCUCUCUCCAAGUGUGCUGUGUGUAAAUCUGUGCUAUGAUGAGUGAGCUUUUUGUUUUUGUUCUUCUGCUCCACAGAAAGUGUUGAAUGAGUCUCAGAGAAGCAAACAGGAAAAAAACAAAAGAGACAGUAAAGCAGAGAAGGAAAACGAUGCGCGGGGCUGAGGAGAAACGUGCUGUUAAAUUAAUAACACAAAAACUGGCAACAAAAAUGUGCUGUUUUUGAACAAAAGUCAACAAUCAAUCAGUACAAAUUACUCAAAUCUUUAAGUGCAAAAUGCAGAAACCUUGGAUUGAAGGUAACCUGAACCCAGCGGAUUGCAUUGCUGAUCAAUUGACAGUAUUGAUCGAAUAUUGUGAGCACUUCUUCCCGCCCUGUGAGGUCAGCUGAGCGCUCUGUCCUUCCUUUUCUGGCUGAGUAUUUACGUUUUCCCUCAUUCUUCAGUCUGAAACUGCCACUCAUGGAGUAGUUUUCAAGGAUGCCAAAAUAAAAAGGCGUUGUUCAAAUUGACUGCAGGUGUCGUUGGAUCCUCCCUGAAGAGUAAAAACUGCUUUAAAUUCUGCAGACCGGAAACCUUUCGUCUUUUUAGGGUUGAGUUUUCUUCAGCGGAGAUGUGAAGCUGCAGCUUCUCUCCUGACCAGCCUCAUCUGUGGCUGGAUUAAAUUCAUAAAAUGUGACACUUCGUCAUUUUAAAUGAAUAAAAGAUUUUUGGUCAUAACUGCAGCUCACAUGAGGCUUUGAAAGUGUGCAGUUGUCAAUUAAUAGUGGAAAAAAACAACAAAAACCAUCCAUGUGAUGGCUUCUAGGUGCAAGACAUAAAUAUAUGUGGGCUUCGAUGUGGAAAAUAUAGUUUGCACACUGGCUUCCCAGAUAGCAAACUAUGGGUGAAUCAAUGUUGAAUCUAUGUUGAGACCUAACGUAGAAAUUAUACAGAAAGCGCAAGGUUGAUAAAAUGUUGAGUCAACGUUUGCUUACAUAGAUUACAUGUUUGCAAACAUAGAUUCAACAUUAAUUAAACAUUGACCUGUCAAACAUUUUAAUUAAACCAAAAUACAACGUAGAUUCAAUGGCAUCUUUUAAACACAAACUUCAAUGUUGACAAAAUGUUGUUGAAUCAACAUUGAUCCAACCAUCAGUCUUCAACCGUAACCACAAUUCAACCUUCUUAACCCUAAUUCAACAUUGAUUUAACAUCUUUUGCUAUCUGAGUAAAGUGUGAUUUAUGGUUGAAAAGCAAACAUUGACUCAACAUUUUAUCAACCUUGCGCUUUCUGUAUAAUUUCGACGUUAGGUCUCAACAUAGAUUCAACAUUGAUUCACCCAUAGUUUGCUAUCUGGGUUAGAUGCUUCCAAUGACUUUUAUUAAAUUUAUUUGAAUACCACCAUGAAAUAUUGAUUUAAUGAAGGUUCUUGGAAGCCUCUAUGCCCUGUUGAUACCUUUUAUGCCAUGCUAACUAGCAUGCAAAUUGUUAGCUGUAGCAGUAUUCAUGCUAAGUAAUGGUUGUUCAGUAGCAGAGCUGGACCAUUUCAGUUAAAAAGCCUUACACAGUGAACUCUGACUGAUCUAUUAUUGCCAUAUUUUGUCAGAUUUUUGGCACAUUUUCACACAAAAUCUGAUACAUGCGAGCUUUCAAAGAGUUUAAUACUUGCUGCUAGCAAGUUUUUUUUUAGCUAAUUUAACUAAAUUUUAUUUAGGUUCAUAUGAAAUUCUAUGAUUACUGUCAGAAUUUAUUUACAAUAUUAACAUUUCUGCCAAUUUUAGGGUCAAGACUGAGCCCUAAUGUCCAGAAAUUACUCUGAUUCGAUAACAACUAUGAGGCUAAUGCUAAUAUUUUUUGCAGUCGGCUGCUCACAUCUGUGACCUGCAGAGUUUUCCUGCAGCAGAAACAUCUUUUACUCAGAAAACGACCAGAGCGUGUUUCAGAUCUUUAGAUUUACUGAUGACAGAAGAAACUAACAGGAGAGACGGUGCAGCUUCAUAUCUCUCUGAAAUAAGAAGGUUUCAGGAGUGAAAAUAUGAGUUUUAUCUGAAUUCAUGAACUAAAGAAAAACAUGACUCGACAACAUUUCAUCCUAAAACAAACAGCAAUUUAUCUUUUUAUCCACACAGAGCAUCGCUGGACUGAUGCACUUCUGCAAACAUUCAUAAAAGGGUUUAAUGUUCACGACAUUUUAGUUCCUAGCUGUUUAUUUUCUUUCUAUUGGGUUGAUCUCAUGUCUUUUCUGUGAGUUUUCAGGAGUUCACAUUUCUUUAUAUUCUGUCAUUUAUUUGCCAGCAGACCCUUACUUCUCGUGGUGUACAUUUCCAGUAAUUAAGGCGCUUUAUUUAAAUUUGACAACUCUUCACUGCUAAAGUAACGCAUCUCUAUACUGUGAGGAGGUACUUGAUGUUUCUGGGUCAGUUAGAUGAUUUAUUUUUCCUUUUCAUUUUCGUCAGGAUGUAAACGCAACAACUUUAAGUGACACUUUCAUUUUGGAGAUAAAGAUCUGGGCUCCAUCGCUACGUCGAGAAGUACGCGCCCUCGUAUAUUCCACGUCGCCUCUACAGCGGCCGCGGCGUCAGCUGAUCAUAUCACAGAUGAUCCAUACAGGAAGCGGAACAUCCGAUGGUGACACUGGAUUUAAUCUUCGCCGACGACAGCAGGCCGCCGGGUUUUUAUCUGCCGCAGUUCCCCUCCCCGUUUCGGCUCGUUUUCACAUUCCACUGACGGCUUCAUCGUCUCGGUUCCGACGGCGCGAGUCAUCAUAUGUGUGAAAUUGGUUUCCAGAGUUUCGAUGGCUUCCUUUGUCUCUGAGUAUAAAACUGGCCGACGUGCAAAUAAAAAAAGAAACACCCUGGAGCUUUUUGCCAGGCAAUAAUGAGGCUUUUUUAUUCCAGGCAAAACAGGACCGACUGCCUGUUUUGUGUUUUUUUUUUCUUUUUUUUGCAGACGGUUGCUAAACUCCUUUUUUGCCUUCGAGUUGAAAUCUCAUUUAACAAGUCAAACCCCGCCAUCGUCACCAGCGUCAGCAGCUGUUCGCCGCUCUCUGAUCCCUUAAAAAAAUAGACAAAUGAGAGUUUUUGGGGUUUUAGUAGUGGCGGUGUAAAAACUCAAACGUCCUCCAGUGAGCUUUGAUCUGACGGCUCAGGCUCCGGCCUCCAUGCUGGGAGGUCGGCCCGGGUUCAGGCCUCCUCUCUUGUUCGCUGCGUUAUCAGCCGAGUGAAGCAUCGCCACCCCAGAUUAAGCUCCUCGCCUUCUCCUGCCGCGGACGGUUUGAUCUGUGCGUCUGUGCAGCUGGAGGCCUGAAAAAAGUUUGUCUCAUUAGCCGAUCUUCGCUAACCUCCAGCUUCGUCUCUAAAAAGCUCCAAUUUUCAGAUAUUUGAUUGAAAAAAACCCACUUCCCUGGAUUUGUUUCUGUCGUAAUAACUUCUCAGAGGAUUGACGUCAGCGGUUAGCGGCGUUUCUCAUCAAUCAAACAUUAGAUAUGGAGACUUGAACUCGUUUUUUUGUCAUCCAGCAGCUCCGAUUCUGUCGUUUCCACAAAGCUGACGACCGACCGAGGUCAAGCGGCGAUUUCCCAGAUAAAGAUUUCAUAUGAUAAUUUGCCAUUUCACUGUUCGGCUGGUCUUUUAAUAAGAGAGCCACCCUCUCAGAGACCACUUUCCUCUUGGAUUAUUGGAAUAAGAAGCCCAUAAAGCUGCGAGGGAGUUACUGACUCGGCUCCUCGCUGCAGAAAAAGGUUUUUGUCUUUCUAAAGAAUGUAACCUGAAGGGCUGCGAGAAGAGGAAACGUGAAGCAGCUUUACUGGAGGGUGGAAGUUAUUUAAAUAUUGAAAACACCUGAUUUUGAAUCUGCUUUGGCAUGUCGCCUCCAUGUUGCCAAAGAGGCAUUUUUUUUCUCAUUUUUACGGCUUUUGUACGUGACAACAACAGUUUGAACGACACAAAACUUGAUUUAAAGUCCGAUUUGGUUGAUAAAAUAAUGAGUGAUGUUAAUUUUGCAAUUUAGUUUCUAUUUACUGGUCUGAUUUGCAGUUUUAUGUGAUGUUUGCUGAGAUUUAUCACGAGUUUUUGAGUGUUUUUGAAGUAUUUCGAUUUGACUGCAGUGAGUGUAAAGAAAUAUAUUUUGCUUGGUGUGUUUGUUUUUGCAGAUUUGAUGCCGAGUGCGUAUAGGGUAUUUACCGAUACUCCUGCAUUUAGUGUUUUAGUGAAAACAAUCACAGAUUCUAACCAACAGAUUUGGAGUUUCAAAGUGGGUUUACUCAUUUUUUCCAGCACAAACUGACUGAAUCUGUCGCCUCUGAUGUCAUUCUGUCACAUUUUCCACUUGUACAAAGCGACUGUAAAUAGAGGAAGGAGACGUUUUUUGUACCGUUCACCCCGUCGCUUAACAAACACAACGGUUUGGGUUUGGUCGUGGAUCUCGGACACGUCACCUGCUGCAGAUUGUACCGGGAAAAUGCAGUGUUUGCUCGAGUUCAGGUUCUGUGAAUGUGAGAUUCUGUUUUUAUUUUCCACUUUUGUGACGGUUUCAGUUUGUUUUCUCUGUUUGUACCACGAUGGCGUAGAACAUCCAGGGGGAUCCUCACACAUUCUAUGCAAAACAAAUGGACAUCGAACGCAUUGUAACGAUGCAAUGGAUUAUGUCGGUGAACUCUUAAAUUUAUGAUACUUUCUGUAUACAGUUUGUAUUUAUGAACUGAGUUGCAAUCUAAACUGUAUCAAUAAACUUAUUUUAAAAAGA